AUGCUGAAAAGAGAAGGUUUCCUUCAUUUAAUGAUGGAAAAAUAAUCUUUUUUAAUUGUUUAAGGAUAAUUAAUAUUACUUUUUAAGGAAUAGAAGAACUAAUUUAGCCAAUCUUAAAUCUUUGUAUUUAAAAGUGAAUAUUUAUUGAAUUCUUAAGAUGAUUAUUAAAUUUAUUAAUAAAAUAACAGAAUGCGUCAACAUAAAAUAUCUUAUGAACUCAAAUGUUUAUAUUCGCAAAUAUUAUCAGUAAUAAAAAUUAUGGUUAGAUCAUUAAUCUGGCUUUCUUUAUUAAUAAUGGCUUAUUCAAUAUAAGUUAAAGUAGAGGGAUGUACUUGUGAAGAAAUUUAAAAAUAAGACUAAUGUGAUGACUAUCAACCAGGAGAACUUGAUUGUGAAUGGAAUAUAUAAAAAAAGGCUUGUGAAUCUCAUCCUUUUCUAAGAAAAUGUUAUUUAAUAAAUGAUGGAGAGUUAUGCAAAAACUAACGUGAUUGUGCAUGGGUUAAUAAUAAAUGUGUAGAUUUUACAAAAUGUACUGAUUACAAAGAAACUUUGGACUAAAAAUGUUAUGAAAUAAAUCGUUUUUGCGUUUUGCAAAAAGAUGAUAAAUGUGGACCUUUUGAAUGUGAUUAAUUAUCUCUAGAUUUUUGUGUGUACUCUUACUAUUUUUUUGAAAAAUGGUGUACUUUAUCUAGUGAUCGUACAAAAUGUGUGCCAAUGACUACUUGUGAGUAAAGUAGCUUUAAUAAAGAUGAAUGCUAGAUAAACUAUGGAUCCUGUUUUUGGGAUAAUAAUAAAUGCAGAAAUAUAAAAUGCACCGAUAUUAAAAUAGAGGAGGAUUGUUAAUUAAAUGCUUUUUCAUUUGAUUGGUCAAUUGCAACAUUAUGUCAUUGGGAUGGAGGCAAGUGUAUUGAAGCAAAAUAAGAUGAUUUAACUGAAGAAAAUUGUUUUCGUGCUAGUGUAUAUGGAAUGAGAUGGUUAGAUGGAAAAUGCCAAUCUUGUUAAGCCUCACCAAAUCCUGAUCCUCCCACACCUUCAUAUCAUAGAAUCUUAUCUACGAUCAUAUCAUUAAUAGUAAUAGUAAUGAUAUGAUAUUAUUGAAAAGACGUAUAUUCAAAA